AUGAUGAAGAAGGGGAGCAGGGUUUUGAUGAUGGAUUCAGAGGAAGCGAGGGCUCGGUUCAAGCAUCAGGCCCUUUUGCAGGAUUAUGAUGAAAUGCUCAUGGAAAUUGAAGCAAAGAAGAGGAAGUUGCAGAAAACAAUUGCAAAGAGACUCAAGCUAACGACUGAAGUCAAAUUCAUACGGAGAAAAUACAAGGCUUUCGCGAAAAAUCCAUCUCAAGAAACCCCAUGUCGAGGGAAGAAGUUAUCUCGCAAAAAGCCAUCACCAUCUGUUCAGUUAUCCCGACCUCCGAAAUCCAUAGAUAAUGAUCUUCCUUUACAAGUUCCUUUGCAAGAUAGGAGUCAGAGAGUGAAGGAAGUUGGAACUCCGAGCUCCUCUGCAUUGUUUGACUUGAACAAGGUUACGUUUUCGAAUGCUGAGCAUAUGGAGGGAAUACAAGUAGAGUGGGAGCCUCACAAGGUAGAUAAAUGGAAGAGCACCCAUGAACUCAAUCUAUCAAUCUUUAAAGAUGUAGGAAGUUCUAGCCUUGUCGGUAAGAGACAAAUUUCAUGGCAAGCUGAAAUUAUUUCACCCACCUCACGCUGGUACAGGGUUCAUCUUUUAGUCAUUGACCAUACAUGUACUACAUCAUUUGUUUUGUUUGAUCGUGAAGCUAAACAAUUUAUUCACAAAUCUAUAGUCGAAUUGAGGGAAUGA